AUGCGAUACUCCAACCACAGCGGCACCUCCUUCUUCCUCACGGGCCUCCCAGGCCUGGAGCAUGUGCACGUCUGGAUCUCCAUACCUCUGUGUGCCAUGUAUGUGGCCUCUCUGGCAGGGAACAGCCUGAUCCUGUGGGUCGUGAGGUCGGAGCCCUCCCUGCACCAGCCCAUGUACUACUUUCUGUCCAUGCUGGCAGUGACUGACCUGGGCCUGUCUGCCUCCACGCUGCCCAGCAUGCUCCCCAUCUACAUGCUGGGUGCACGGAAAGUGGCGGUGGACGUGUGCCUGGCCCAGCUCUUCUUCAUCCAUACAUUCUCCAUCAUGGAGUCCUCCGUGCUGCUGACCAUGGCCUUUGACCGCUUUGUGGCCAUCAGCAACCCCCUGCCCUAUGGCACCAUCCUCACAAGCUCGCGCAUUGCCUGCCUGGGUUUGGCCAUCGUGGUGCGCAGCGUUGGCCUGCACGUCCCCGCCCCCGUCAUGCUCAAGAAGCUGCCUUACUGCGGGAAGCGCCUGCUGUCCCACUCCUACUGCCUGCACCCGGAUGUCAUGAAGCUGGCGUGUGCUGACACCCGCGUCAACAGCGCCUAUGGCCUCUUUGUGGUUCUCUCCACUCUGGGUUUGGGCUCCGUGCUCAUCGUCCUCUCCUAUGUGCUGAUCCUGCAAGCAGUGCUGUCCAUUGCCUCCAAGGCCGAGCGCCUGAAAACCCUCAACACCUGCGUCUCCCACAUCUGUGCUGUGCUGCUCUUCUACAUCCCACCCAUUGGUUUCUCCAUGAUCCACCGACUUGGAAAGCGGGCCACCCCGUCCAGCCGUGUGGUGCUCUCUUACCUCCACUAUCUCUCACCGCCAUUGGUCAACCCCAUUGUUUACACCAUCAAGACCAACCAGAUCAGAGUGAAGAUCCGCCAUCUUUUCCAGUGGCCUGGAACUAGCGUUAAAAAUAGAGAUCAUAAUUAA